AUGGAAGGCGACCAUGGCCCGUUUGACGUGGCCGACUUCUGGCGCAAGUCUGCAUUCAGUCUGCCCGAUGAGCCUGGGCAGACUCUGUUCAGCGACAGCCAUCUGGGUAAGCACGACGCGCUGCCCGUCACAUGGACCAUCACUCAUCCAUCACANGUAUUGCCCUUGAUCGACCACCACUUCGAUGCCGAACUGCGACUUCCAGACAUCCACGCCUUCCAAUUCGGCACCCUUACCGACCUCGACGCCAGUCAAGAGCCCGUUCAAAGUCCUUCGCUGCCCGACCAAAGCGCGACGACAAGCCUUCCCAGUCAUCUUGACGACUUGUGGAAGCUCGACCUCACUACAUCCACGAACCCUGUCCCUCUGCGCACAUGGGAAGCUUUCGCCCACCAUGACCACACAGAGUCGCCCGUCUCGUACCUGUCCGACGCUGGCCCGCGCGCCUUCGACGCCCUGCAGCCCGAAGACACCAACCUCCUCCAAUCCGCCUUUACCCUCAAAUGCCUAGCCCUCCUUGGUCUGGGCAGGUCCUCCACCCUGUAUCAAUGGAAGAAAGAAGCCAACACCUUUGUGCCUACUCUUGACAAUGUUCGACUGUCUGGUUUGAGCAGCACCGUUUUCGACAGCAUCGUCCGUCGACUGACCACCGUCGGCUGUGCUUUCGUUGACGCGAGGCAUUUUGCCAUGUCUUCAUACGCCAACAAACACCCCUUGGCUGCUCGUGUUGCUCUUGCAACCACUAUACAAGCUGUGCUAGAAGCUCUCGAUCAGAACUUGUCCGACCGCGUCCUGACUGCCGAAUCUUGCCUACGACUGCUGGCGUGCUUCGAUGCCCCAGCUGUUCUCUUGGCCGAGCUGAAAGAGCUGAUCUCCUCCACCUCUCGUGCAACCACUGAUACAGCUUUCUUGUCUGCCUGUCACGGUACUAUCGAUCUCUUCACCUGCGCUUGCUCUCCAUUUCACUCGCUCCACACAGAGAUACUGAAUGCAGUCUCUCGGCCAUGGUUCCAGGCCAUCUGCCAGAAGACUGGUCUUACCCAUCACCACUUUGAUUUGCCCAUCCAGGAUGAUAUUGGAGAGCGCAGCGCUCAUGUCUCCGCAGAGGACAAUGCCCAAAUCACGGAAGUCAUGACUGGCAUCGCUGUGCUGCGUGACUCUGCACCUGAUCAUCCUCUCUUAUAUCCUGAUGUUUGGGGUGUCGAUAGUCCCAGCCUGGAGUUGUCCUCUACAGCCAUCGAUGUUGAUCGUAUUGUCGACAAGGCAAACAAGUAUCAAGAAGACCUGCUUGUCGCCAUAUCCAAGUAUAACAGUGGAGGCUCAAAAUCGCCUGACGCAGAUACCAGACCGCAAGAACACCAUCUUGUAUCAGAGCAAUUGCCAUGGAGCCUCGAUGAAGGCCAGCAGACCUAUUUCGAGGACGUGGGAACCCGCUUUUCUGAACCACCUGUUAACAUGGACACUUCUAACAUCCGUACCUUGACUACGGAUAUUCUUGAGGCUCGUAAAACUCAGGAGGCCUCGACUCUCGACCUGCGACAUCUUGCGAAGACCUUGAAUCACCUUGAGCCCUAUCUUCAGGUCCAAAGUCGCCUGCUCAACGGUACCCUUCUGCGUCUCUUCUUCCGCCAAUCUUCCCUCCGUGAAAAUCUCGCCUUGAACCACUCAUUCCAUCUCCUCGGUAACGGCCUGUUCGUUCAACAUCUUACGACGGCAUUGUUCUCUUUAGAGUCCAAUGCACGUGGCUUACGCCUGGACAAUCGCGCCAAACAAUGGCCACCCGCCUCUUCAGAAUUGAGGCUCGGAUUGAUGGGCGUGCUGUCUGAAGCCUAUGGCUCUAACGAUAUCCCGGGCAAUCUCUCUUUUGCUAUCCGUGAACUCGGCGACGAGGAGAUCGAGAAAUGCUUGGAUGCCAACAGUAUUCACGCGCUUGACUUUUUACGAUUGCGAUACGAGGCUUCAACACCGCUGAAUGUGAUAUUGGAUGACACUGCAAUGGCCAAAUACGACGAUUGUUUCCGCGUCUUGUUGGGAGUACUCAGGAUGUUGCACUUUUCUACACUGCUCCGCAGCACUGCACAACAAAAGCAUAGUUCCGCUGCAAUACAAGCCUUUGCCCAUGAAGCUUGGAGCUGUGCAUCCGGUCUCGCAUCCUACUUCUUCGACGUUGCCGUCGCUGGUCCGUGGAAAGAUCUACAGCGCACGCUCGACAGCAUAGAAGCAGAUCUUGCAAUCGAAGAUGCAGAAGGAACAUUUGGCCAGCGAGUCACGUUCGGCAUCUCUCACCUGCGCAACAUACAUGACGACAUGCUCGACACGAUUCGCUCGCGCCUGUUUCUCCGCUCUCGCCAUGACAAGUUACGCGCUCUCAUCAAUGAUGUCUUUACCUGCAUCUUGAAUGUACAGACGGACACGCACGACGAGAACAAGCUUUGGAAACAGAGACAAGAGUUGAAAACAAGGGUAUCGCUGUUGGCGGAUGCGUUACAAGAGCUCGUGAGAAAGAUUGGCAAGAAGAAGGAUCUGAGUCAACAGGAUAGGGAUGACAUCUUUGCGGUUGAGGUGCUGGGCUUCAGACUCGGUGGUGCUUGA